AUGAAUCUAGAGGGAGUAGGGGACGAAGUAAGAUGCCGCGCCUUCCCGGUAACCCUAGCAGGACCAGCGAUCAGAUGGUUUAACGACCUCCCUCAAGGCUCCAUCUACAAUUUCUCAGACAUCAGCCGUGCAUUCCUGGCCCAAUUUACAACGCGAAUAGCAAAGGCCAAGCAUCCUAUCAACCUUCUAGGGGUAACCCAAAGACAAGGAGAGCCGACCAGGAGGUACUUGGAUCGGUUCAACGACGAAUGCUUGGAAAUCGACGGCUUAACCGACUCGGUGGCCAGUCUCUGCCUGACAAACGGCCUCCUCAACGAGAACUUCCGAAAACACCUUACCACGAAACCGGUUUGGACAAUGCAUGAAAUCCAGACGGUGGCCAAGGAGUACAUAAACGACGAGGAAGUCAGCCGGGUCGUGGCCGCCAAUAAGCGGCAGUCCGGUUACAACCAGGCUCGGCAGCCAGGCAACGGCGAAAGAGCAAAAGAAAAAGCCAGGGACGAGGCAUCAAACAAGGCACCCAGACCGUUCCCUCGGGUCGGAAAAUUUACUAACUACACUCCACUCACUCUCCCCAUCGUGGAAGUUUAUCAGCAAAUAGCUGAGAAGGGAAUCCUUCCGAAGCCCCGACCACUCAAGGACCGUACGGGAGGAAACAAGAACCUUUAUUGUGAUUACCACAAGGGUUACGGCCAUCAAACGCAGGACUGUUUCGACCUAAAAGAUGCAUUGGAACAGGCAAUAAGGGAAGGAAAGCUAGCAGCGUUCUCCCAUCUCAUCAGGGAGCCGAGGAGACGUUAUCGCGAUCAAGAUGAAGAAGGCAAGACCCGUUCAGCCAAGCGGCGACAAGAACCCGAAGACAGAGACCACGGCCUCACUGUGAUAAACGUGGUAACGGCAAAAAACGCUGCGCCAAAAUCCAGGUCGGCACACAAGAAAGACGCUAAGGUCCUGACGAUCUCGUCCCCGCCGGCGCAGGGCUCUAAAAAACCCCCAUCCAUCUCUUUCGGCCCCGAAGACCAAUGGUUCAGCGACGCCCCGGAAAACCCCCCCAUGGUCAUAACGGCCAGAGUGGGAACCGGCCUCGUCAAACGGAUCCUUGUCGACACGGGAGCUGAUUCAAAUAUCAUGUUCCGCAACGUGUUCGACGCACUAGGGCUAAAGGAUGCCGACCUGAUGACUCACCAGCACGGGGUCAUCGGGUUGGGCGACCACUUCAUCAAACCGGACGGAGUCAUAUCCCUACCAAUCUCGGUGGGGCAAACCCAAGGCCGAAGAUCGGCGAUGGCCGAGUUCGUGAUCCUCCGAGAUUCCACAGCCUACAACAUCAUCUUGGGAAGAAAAACAAUCAACGAUUUUGAAGCCAUAAUCAACACCAAGCUGCUAGUUAUGAAGUUCGUUACCGAUGAUGGAUCCAUAGGGACCAUAAGGGGAGACCUCGAGACAGCGGUCGCUUGUGACAACGCCAGCCUUUCCCUUCGAAAGAAGUCCAAAGAGGCAUCCGACGUGUUCUUAGCCGACCUUGAUGCCAGAGUAGAGGACAAGCCGAGGCCAGAACCAGAAGGGGACCUGGAGAAGUUUAGAAUUGGUGACGAAGAGGAAAAGUUCACGUUCGUUAACAAGAGCCUCCCACAAGAAUUGAAAGAAUCUUUGAUUGAAAUGAUAAGGGCCAACAGGGACUUGUUCGCCUGGACUCCAGCCGACAUGCCGGGAAUAGAUCCAAAAGUCAUCUCACAUCAUUUGGCCGUCAAGGCGGAAGCACGUCCAGUAGCUCAACGCAGGAGAAAGAUGUCGGCAGAAAGAGCAGAGGAGGUAGCCAAGCAAACGGCCAACCUCCUAGAAGCGGGCUUCAUACGGGAAGUGGACUACUCGACAUGGCUCUCGAAUGUGGUGUUGGUGAGAAAACACAACGGCAAGUGGAGAAUGUGCGUGGAUUAUUCUGACCUUAACAAAGCAUGCCCCAAAGAUUGCUUCCCCCUCCCCAACAUAGAUGCACUCGUCGAUGCCGCGGCGGGAUACCGGUAUCUAAGUUUCAUGGACGCUUACUCCGGUUACAAUCAGAUACCGAUGCACCGUCCUGACGAAGACAAGACGGCGUUCAUAACGCCAGGAGGAACUUUCUGCUAUAAGGUAAUGCCAUUCGGCUUGAAAAAUGCGGGGGCAACAUAUCAAAGGUUGAUGAACAGGAUAUUUCACGAUCUCAUAGGGAAAACAGUUGAAGUAUACGUAGACGACAUCCUGGCCAAAACAACACGACCUGACGACCUCUUGAGCGACCUGGCAAGUGUAUUCGCGUCUCUCCGUCAACACGGUAUGAGGCUGAAUCCCCUAAAGUGCGCCUUCGCCAUGGAAGCUGGCAAGUUCCUGGGAUUCAUGAUAACUCAGAGAGGGGUAGAAGCCAACCCGGAGAAAUGCCAGACGCCCGCAUGUGAAGAAGCCUUUCAGCACUUCAAGGAAAUCCUGGCGGCACCACCCGUUCUCGGGAAGCCAAAGGACGGGGAGCCACUAUACCUAUAUCUCGCUAUAACGAGUGAAGCCCUGGCCGCAGUUUUGGUGCGGGAGGACGGGAGAACUCAACAGCCAGUCUAUUUCAUAAGCAGGGCCUUGCAAGGGGCAGAAUUAAGGUAUAGCAAGUUGGAAAAGCUAGCUUUGGCACUCUUAACUUCCUCAAGAAGGUUGAAGCAGUACUUCCAGAGUCACCAAGUUUUCGUCAGAACGGACCAAGGGAUCCGGCAAGUACUCCAAAAACCCGAUCUGGCGGGAAGAAUGAUGACUUGGUCCAUCGAACUCUCCCAAUAUGACAUACGGUACGAGCCCUGGCAAGCCAUCAAGGCGCAGGCUAUGGCGGAUUUUUUAGUAGAAGUAACGGGGGACGCAAGCGAGGAAGGGGGCACACGGUGGAAGCUCCAUGUGGACGGAGCCUCCAACCAGACCUUCGGAGGUGCCGGGAUCAUCCUGGAAAGCCCGAUUGGAGUUGUAUACGAACAGUCGAUCAGAUUCGAGUUCCCCAUCUCGAACAACCAGGCAGAAUAUGAGGCCCUUAUAGGAGGCCUAACCCUAGCAGCAGAAGUCGGCGCAAGAAGAAUAGAAAUAUGCAGUGAUUCCCAAGUCGUCACCUCCCAAGUAAACGGUAGCUACCAAGCCAAAGACUCUUUGCUACAGAAGUACUUGGAAAAGGUUAAAAGCUUAAGCCAAAAGUUCGAAGAGGUCACGGUCCACCACGUACCUAGAGAAAGGAACACACGAGCAGACCUCCUAUCAAAGUUAGCCAGCACGAAGCCGGGAGAGGGGAACCGGUCUCUCCUCCAAGGCUUGACGAGAGAACCAGCAAUCACACUGCACAUGACAAGCCUAGGUUCUUCAUGGCUAGAUCCCAUCACCGACUUCCUGGAACACGGCAAGCUCCCUAGUGACCAAAAGGACGCGACAAAAUUGAGAAGGGAAGCGGCCAAAUACGCCGUUAUCCAAGGACAGCUGUUCAGGAAAGGGCUCAACCAACCCCUACUGAAGUGCCUACAUCCCGACCAAACGGACUACGUCCUCAGGGAAGUCCAUGAGGGCUGCUGUGGGCACCACAUCGGAGGCAAGGCUUUAGCGAGGAAACUACUCCGAGCCGGAUACUAUUGGCCGUCGAUGAUGGCGGACUCCAAAGAGUUUGUGAAAAAAUGCGUAAAGUGCCAACAGAACGCCAACUUUGCCAGGGCGCCGGCUUCCGAGUUAAGCUGCUAA